GGGGCCCCGGCGCCCCCUGAGCGAGGGCGGCCCGCCCCGCGGCUCGCCGUUUGACAGAUGCUCAUCGCCAUGGAGUUGCUGCAGCAGCACCUUUGGGGGCUCGGACGAGCGAGCGGAGCCGGGAUCUGAGCGAGCGCCCGGGCCAGCGGAGCAGGAGCCGCCGGGACAUGGUUGCAGAUCUGAUCUCUUCAGAACACCUCACCGUGUCUCCGUACCUGGGACUCUGAACCUAGCAGCUGGACUCGUUUGUUCUUGGAAUUUUGAGUGUCCCCUCUUCUCACCUUUUCCUCUUCCCUCUUCCCUUUCCCCCACCUGAGAACUCCUGAAGACUGUAGGAUUGUCAUGGAGUCCCGGGAAAUCUUAAGCAGCACCCGGCAGAGGGGGGGCGAGUCGGAAUUCCUGCCCGUCUCCUCUGCCAAGCCCCCGGCUGCUCCUGGCUGCACAGGAGAACCCUUGCUUUCUGCUCCAGGACCUGGGAAGGGCAUCCCAGGGAGCGGAGAUCGAAUGGAACCAGAAGAAGAGGAUGAACUGGGCUCAGGGCGGGAUGUGGAUUCCAACUCCAAUGCAGACAGUGAGAAAUGGGUGGCAGGCGAUGGCUUGGAAGAGCAGGAGUUUUCCAUCAAGGAGGCAAACUUCACUGAGGGGAGUCUGAAGCUGAAGAUUCAGACCACCAAGCGGGCUAAGAAACCCCCAAAGAAUCUGGAGAACUAUAUAUGCCCACCUGAGAUCAAGAUCACCAUCAAGCAGUCUGGGGACCAGAAGGUGUCCCGUGCUGGGAAAAAUAGCAAAGCUACUAAGGAGGAAGAAAGAAGCCACUCCAAAAAGAAGCUCCUCACAGCCAGUGACCUUGCAGCCAGUGACCUCAAAGGAUUUCAGCCACAGGCUUACGAGAGGCCCCAGAAGCACUCAAGUCUCCAUUAUGACCCAGGCCUCCCGCAGGACUUCACCGGUGACACCUUAAAACCAAAGCACCAGCAAAAAAGCAGCAGCCAGAACCACAUGGACUGGUCCACCAACUCUGACAGCGGACCCGCCACUCAGAAUUGCUUCAUCAGUCCAGACUCUGGCAGAGAAACUGCAAGCACCAGCAAGAUCUCAGCUCUUGAACCCGUGGCUACCUUUGCAAAGGCCCAGGGUAAGAAAGGCAGCGCCGGGAGCACGUGGAGUCAGUUGUCCAACAACAGCAAAGAUCUGCUCUUGGGAGGUGUGGUUCCAUCUCCAAGCAGCCACAGCUCGCCCACUCCUCCUAGCAGCUCUGCCGAGUGCACUGGGCUCCAGUCCUUGGGGGAUCAAGAUGGAGGAGGUACAAAGGAGCCCCCAGAACCACCUACAAUAGGCAGCAAGAAAAAGUCCAGUAAAAAAGAUGUGAUAAGUCAAACCAUACCAAACCCAGACCUGGAUUGGGUCAAGAGUGCCCAGAAAGUAUUUGAGAACACAGAAGGGAAAAGGGAGGGCUACUCUGCAGAGAAUGGCCAAGAGGCAUCACCAGCCAGGCAGAACGUGGGCUCCAUCAGUAAUCCUGAAAAUGACUCCAGUCAUGUCCGGAUUACUAUCCCCAUCAAGGCACCCUCUCUAGAUCCAACGAGCCAUAAGAGGAAAAAGAGACAGUCCAUUAAAGCAGUGGUAGAAAAGAUCAUCCCCGAGAAAACACUGGCUUCUGGAAUUGCUAUGAGUAGUGAAGUGGUUAACAGGAUACUUUCCAACUCAGAGGGAAAUAAGAAAGACUCCCGUGUCCCAAAGUUGAGCAAACUGAUAGAGAAUGAGUCCCCCUCAGUUGGCCUCGAAACUGGUGGAAAUACUGAGAAAAUUGUCCCAGGAGGUAUGUCUAAGCAGCGGAAACCACCCAUGAUCAUGGCGCCCCCAAUGUGCACCGAUCACUCUCCAUCAAGAAAGUUGCCAGAUAUCCAGCAUCCAAAAUUUGCUGCAAAACGGAGGUGGACCUGCAGCAAGCCAAAACCCACCAGCAUGCUGCGAGAGGCAGUCAUGGCCACCUCUGAUAAACUGAUGGUAGAACCCCCCUCUGCUUAUCCCAUCACCCCGUCCAGCCCUCUGUACACCAACACGGACAGUCUGACUGUGAUCACUCCGGUCAAAAAGAAGCGGGGUCGACCAAAGAAGCAGCCUUUGCUCACAGUGGAGACGAUUCACGAGGGCACUUCCACCAGCCCCGUCAGUCCCAUCAGCAGAGAGUUUCCUGGCACCAAGAAAAGAAAGAGACGACGCAACUUAGCUAAGUUGGCCCAGCUCGUCCCGGGAGAGGACAAACCCAUGAGUGAGAUGAAGUUUCACAAAAAGGUUGGAAAGCUMGGUGUGUUGGAUAAGAAGACCAUCAAGACUAUCAACAAGAUGAAGACGCUCAAGAGGAAGAACAUCUUGAACCAGAUCUUGUCCUGUUCCAGCAGCAUGGCUCUGAAGGCCAAAGCUCCCCCGGAGACCAGCCCUGGGGCAGCAGCGAUCGAAAGCAAACUGGGCAAGCAGAUUAAUGUCAGCAAAAGGGGAACCAUCUACAUCGGCAAGAAGAGGGGCAGAAAGCCGAGGACGGAGCUGCCGCCCCCCUCUGAUGAACCCAAAACAGCCAUCAAACACCCCAGGCCUGUUUCUAGCCAGCCGGACGUUCCAGCCGUGCCUUCCAACUUUCAGUCCCUCGUGGCAUCUUCACCAGCAGCUAUGCACCCACUUUCAACCCAGUUAGGUGGGUCCAAUGGCAACCUGAGCCCCGCCAGCACUGAAACCAGUUUUUCAGAGUUGAAAACUAUGCCAAAUCUCCAACCCAUCAGUGCUCUUCCAACCAAAACCCCAAAGGGAAUCCACAGUGGAACCUGGAAGCUGUCCCCACCCAGGCUGAUGGCCAACUCCCCUUCGCACCUCUGUGAGAUUGGCUCACUGAAGGAGAUAACGCUGUCYCCCGUGAGCGAGUCCCACAGCGAGGAGACGAUCCCAAGUGACAGCGGCAUCGGGACAGACAACAACAGCACGUCUGACCAAGCCGAGAAGAGUUCAGAAUCCCGACGGAGGUACUCUUUUGAUUUCUGCUCCCUGGAUAACCCGGAGGCCAUCCCGUCCGACACCAGCACAAAGAACCGGCAUGGCCACCGGCAGAAGCAUCUCAUCGUGGACACCUUCCUGGCCCACGAGAGCCUCAAGAAGCCAAAGCACAAGAGGAAACGGAAAAGCCUGCAAAACCGUGACGAUCUCCAGUUUCUGGCAGAGCUGGAAGAGCUCAUCACCAAAUUCCAAGUGUUCAGGAUCUCCCACCGGAGUUACACCUUUUACCACGAGAAUCCAUACCCCAGCAUUUUUCGGAUUAAUUUUGAUCACUAUUACCCGGUGCCAUAUAUCCAAUAUGACCCGUUGCUCUAUCUUCGUAGGACUUCAGACUUGAAGUCAAAGAAGAAGCGUGGUAGGCCUGCAAAAACCAAUGACACCAUGACAAAGGUGCCUUUUUUACAAGGGUUCAGCUACCCUAUUCCCAGUGGAAGUUACUAUGCACCCUAUGGAUUGCCUUACACAUCAAUGCCUAUGAUGAACCUUGGUUACUACGGUCAGUACCCAGCUCCGCUGUACCUAUCGCACACGCUGGGAGCAGCCUCCCCGUUCAUAAGGCCAACAGUGCCACCACCUCAGUUCCACACAAGCUCCCACGUAAAGAUGUCUGGGGCAGCUAAGCAUAAAGCAAAGCAUGGAGUACACCUGCAGGGACCUGUUGGYAUGGGCCUCGGUGACAUCCAGCCAUCCCUGAACCCUCCCAAGGUGGGCGGCGCCACUCUGUCCAGCGGUCGGCUCCACAAGAGGAAACACAAACACAAGCAUAAGCACAAGGAAGACCGGCUCCUGGGGACCCACGACAACCUGAGCGGUCUCUUCACAGGCAAAGCCACAGGCUUCUCCAGCCACCUCCUGAGUGAGCGGCUGAGCAGCGCAGACAAAGAGCUCCCGCUGGUGAGUGAGAAGAGCAAGCAUAAGGACAAACAGAAGCAUCAGCACAGCGAAGCCGGCCACAAAGCCUCCAAGAACAGCUUUGAGGUGGACACYCUGUCUAACCUGUCACUUUCUGAUGCCCAGCAUUGGACGCAGGCCAAGGACAAAAGCGACUUGAGCAUUGAGUCUGUGGACUCGUGCUCUAAAAGGUACUCUGGCAGCAGCGGGGAUGGCAGCAGCACAAGAUCAGAGAGCCUGGACGUGUUCAGUGACAUGACCCCUUCGAAUGACAAGUGGGACAGUGACAUGAGUGGGAGUAAAAGGAGGAGCUUUGAAGGCUUUGGGACGUACAGGGAAAAGGACAUCCAGGCCUUCAAGAUGAACCGCAAGGAGAGAAGUUCCUACGACUCCUCCAUGUCUCCAGGGAUGCCAAGUCCCCACUUAAAAGUGGACCAGACGACAGUGCAUAGUAAGAACGAGGGCUCAGCGUCCACCGGGAUGACCAGGAAGAAGCCAGCUGUAGUUGACAGUGUCUCAAUUCCACCCACCCCGAUGUUGUCUCUCCUCGCCGCAUCCGCAGCAACAUCAGAUGCAGCGAGCUCCUCCCUGAAGAAGCGAUUCAAGCGACGGGAGAUCGAAGCCAUCCAGUGCGAGGUGCGGAAGAUGUGCAACUACACCAAGAUUCUGUCCACCAAGAAGAAUCUGGACCACGUGAACAAGAUCCUGAAGGCCAAGCGGCUGCAGAGACAAUCAAAGACAGGCAACAACUUCGUCAAGAAGAGGCGAGGGCGUCCCCGGAAGCAGCCCAAUCAGUUUGAUGAGGACUCCAGGGACCAGAUGCCGGUGCUGGAAAAAUGCAUCGACCUGCCCAGCAAAAGGGGUCAGAAGCCCAGCCUGAGCCCGCUCGUGCUGGAGCCGGCCGCCAGCCAAGACACCAUCAUGGCCACCAUCGAGGCGGUCAUCCACAUGGCCCGCGAGGCACCGCCCCUGCCACCGCCGCCACCUCCGCCACUGCCACCGCCGCCGCCGCCCCCGCCCCCGCCCCCGCCGCUGCCCAAGACCCCCAGAGGCGGGAAGAGGAAACACAAGCCGCAGCCACCCGUGCCGCAGCCRCCACCGCAGCAGACCCUUCCCCAGGAAGAGGAGGUCAAGGCCAAAAGGCAGAGGAAAUCCCGAGGGAGCGAGAGCGAUGUCCUUCCCUAGGGCUGUGGGCCCCCGAACCUGCAGCUGGGGAACUGACGAAUUGCAAGUGCAGUGGGAGGGGCGGGGCGGGGGCGGGAUCCCCCACUGCAGGGACAGCAAUGCCCUUCUCUCCAGAAGCGGGCGGGCAGAAUCAGGCCAGAUGAUGGGGUUGAGCCAUCCAGAGCUCCUGGGAUAGCAAGGCAGGGGGACACCUUCCGAAGAAGCUCGUCUGUGCUGUAAGGCAGUUCCCAGUCCAGCGGCCCUUCAGUGUGGCUGAGUCCUUUUCAGGCGAGAAGACCCAUCCGGGAGGAGGAAGCUGGUGCUCUUUGAAGGCCACCUGACCUCCACCUCCAAGGUGCGCCCUUGAUUCCGAUUUCAUUUGCCGGCCAGGAAAAAUCAAAGGGAAACACCCUCAAUUAGGAAACAUUCCAAGGGGAGAAAAGCUGCACAUUUGUCAACUGGCUUUGUUGUAACCCACUUCACUUAAUUGGUUUUAUUUCUUUGGGUUUGCAAGCUCUGCUAGGCUUUGGGACACCAGUAUCAUCUGCAGGUGACCUGAAAUCUUUCCGUUAACAACAAUACAGUUUCUCAGAUGGAAGCGAGAGAUCGGAAGGUGGAAUCUAGUGAUAGGCGACCUUAGACCUGCAUUCACGUUCUUCUGUAUGCCUCCUCUGUCUCUCACACACUGKUUUUUAGCAUCGUCUGUUCCUGCUUUUCCUUUGUCCAUUGUACUUCCAUGUACCUAAACUAGCUGCCUUCUAUUCUUGGUACACAUCUAUCUAAGGUAAUUGUCACCUGUGUUGUAAAGCUUGCCCUUGGCACCUUGUCCCAAGGAACUUGGCUUUGAAUCCCAAUCAUUGUGAAGAAGAUACUCAGUAUUGAUAGAGCCUUUUUAAUUAGUGACUCAGAGCAGCCAAGGAUAUGUUGACCAAGAUGUCAACCAGGUUAUUUUUAUACUUAAAACAUAUCAGUGGGAAUAGGCAGAAAAAAAAUGGUUUUAAUACCCCAAUACAAAUCUAAUAGCUGAUGAGCCACCAAAAAUUAAAACCCCUGACCCACCAGAAAGACAAGUGUCCAGCAAUGCCUUGGUACCUAAUUUUUUUUCAUACAGAGCUGUCAUAGGUUGUUGAGAAAAGGAAACAAAAACAUAAUAGAACAAGUCCAUUAUCUCUUGCUAAUUAUUUCUUAAAAGCGAAUGGGAGUAAGUGUUCUUAUCAGAAAAAUAAAAAUAAAAUGUUCAAAGGGUAUCACCACUCCAAUUGUAUCMUGCCACCUUGGACAAAGUAUCCAAAUUGUGGUUGCCUUAAUACACUAAAACAUUUUUGUACAUAAUGUAAUUAUAAAUCUAUCAGUCUGCAUGGAUGCAAACUGUGUGUGACAAAUCGUCUUUUAAAUGGUCAAUUUCAACUGUACAUUUCUCAUCCAAGUUGUACUCUAGCCAUUGGUUUAGCGUGGUCAGAUAUUCCAUCUCUAUUAUCCAUUUCCACAGCCCAAGUUAAACAUGUUAAGAAGAGUCAGAAUGAAUAGGAAGUUAUCCCAUUGCCGUAGAUGUUUUUAAAAGUCAGAUGUGGAAAUUUCAAAUAAGUAUUUCCAAUUUCCUCCCUCCCUCUUCCCCUCACCUUCCCCAAGACAUCGAAUACCUGGCAGGGUAGAUAGAGAGACACUGAGAGAGAGAAUGAAAUUUUAUAAUGGGAAUUAGAAGAUCUGGUUUACCUCCAAAUUAACUUUCUUUUUCAGGAAGUUGGGAACAGCUGGAAAUUGUAUUAUCACUUCAGAACACAAUGUUAUUUUCCUUARAGAGAGAUGGAUCUUUGUUGGGAACAUAAGAGAAUAAGUGAUGGGGUAUCGAUGGGAGUAGAUUUUUAAAAUCCCCAAAUUAGUAUGCUCACAAACAUCACUGCUCUGUUGUGGCACCAGCAGGUAGUUGAAAUCACAUACAGAGCCAUCCUGUUCUGAACUGUCACCAUGCAGCCAUGGACUUCCCGUUAUUUGCCACCCACUAGGUCAGUUGCACUUAAUCCUAGCAAUAUGUAAGUUUAAAGGACUGUAUUUUUAAAUCUACUAUCCUAGGUACUCAGUUUGUGACCUGGAUUGACCUUUGGCAUUUCACACAAGUUGAACAGCAAAAUCAAACCAGCCAUUUUCAAUCUGUCAUUCCCAAGCCAUGUCUGAGUGGUUUCAAAGUCACCAGAGAGGAAGGUUUAAAUUAGCCCCUCUCACCCCACCAUUGCUAUGAAAGAGCAACCAUUUUCAUUCCAAUUAAGCCAUAAAGAGGUUUCUCUUCCUGUUGGAUUUGAAAAUGAUUUCUUUCAUUCUUCCUUGCCCUUCUCUCUUCCCGUAUUGYACUGUCUCCCAACCAAGUCUGUAAGCAGAUUAUAUCCUCUUGCAGUGGAGAACAAACUGGUGCCUGUUAAACUUGUUAAAGGAAGACCAGAAUUUAAUUGGCAUUAAUCUCUWUCAGGUGAGCAAUUCCAGAUAACUUUGGGAUUCAUUAAAAUUUCCAAACCAAUGAAAGCUAUUCCACGAGAAAUACAACAAAGUUACAACUUAUAUGUGAAUCCAGGUUCAUGGUUGGCAUGUGAGUUACAUGCAAAUCCUCCACAUAUAGAUCCUAGGAAUAGUUCGGAAAACUGCGAAGGACCAAAGCUGAGGCAUGCUAAAUAGUGGCUUGGAGGUGGAAGCAAAUCCAAUCACCUUCAUACCUUCUUCUCCCUGCUCCCCAGUGACUCCCUCAGUGUCCCAUUUCUCUUCUGCCUUUCACUAACCUGACUCAUCUCAUUGGUACACCAUUUUCUUAUGCUCUAAGCUUUCCUAGGCCCCUCCUUUCCUGUCCAAGCUCUCCAUGGGGCCAGUGUAGUUUCCCAUUUCAUUGAUUGCAGAGCCAGGAGGAGAACCCAGCUCUCAUGAUCCAGAUUGCCAAAGUCUUAAACUCUCCAACACUGCCUACAGGGGCUGCAUUUUUUGUAUUUCAGAGAGGUCACUGGGGAUGCACAAAAUUCCAUAUAUGUAUUGUAGAGACAAAACAUUUUUUUGUAGAAAAAAAUUGGCUAUCUAUGGGAGUCAAUUUUAAAAUCCCAAGUUAAUAUGCUUGCAAACAUGAGAAACCCCUUGAUUUCCUUUUUCCCCCCUUGUUUUUUUUUUCCUUUCCUAKAGUAUUCUCUUUAGCAAGCAGAUACGGACCCACUUAUAAUACCAGGAGUCCGAUUAGGGAUGAGAAAAGAAUGAAACCUAGCUAUGACAGCCUCCUUGAAGGUGCUGAUGGAUCAUUAAUCCACUGUACUAAGUGGUUGGGUGGCUACUUGCUUUUCAAUCCCUCAUCUCAGAUGAGAGGAGCUGAAGUUUAACUUCCUCAAAUAGCCCAGCUCUGGCUAUAUCCCAAGAAAGAAAGGUCAAAGGAAAGGAGAGCAUGCAGGGAUGCUUUGUGACUUGGCAGGACCAGGACUCAGCAGCCUCUGGCAGCCCAAGGAAAGUGACUAAGGGCUGGCAGAAGAGGAGCAUGUUAACUUGGCCGCUGCCUGGAGCGGAAGGCCACGCUCAGUGGCAGUCAGAAUUUGCGUUCUGCACAGUGCUGAGUCUAUAAAUAUGAUAAGCAAGUGGUGACAGAAUUAUAGAAUAAGGUGAUGUAUUACAUGCAGAUCAUAAAGGAUUUGGUAUUAGGACUUAAGUAGAAAAUCCCACUCCUAGCUUAUUACCCAACAAUAUUCAGAUAAUGAGCUUUUGGAGAAUUUUUUUUCUCUAUCACUAGGAAGAUUUACCUGGGAACUGUCUAAAGUCUAUACAUAUAUUUCCAAAGCCUUUAAAUGCCAACCUUAGCGUGGAGAGAGAGAGGGGGUGGCAGGAGCCGAAAUGCCUCAAAAGCCAUUUAAGUGUUACGUUUCAGGAUUUUCAGUCCUACUCAUUAUGUAAAAGUAGAUAAAUAUAGACAUUUUUCUUAACACUACCCCAUCGUAUCACAAUGGUCCAAAUGCCAGAGCUUACAGAUAAUGUCAUCACAGUGCCUAGCAACUCAAACUGUAAUAUACCGUAGCAUUUUCUUGGUGUUUCUUAAAAAGUUUCUUUCCACAAUACAAGGCUUCCUCUGCCUCUUGUUUCUUGGAGAGUUCACCCCACUGGCGAGUCUACCUUCCCUAUUGGACACAGUCAUUUGGGGAACAGUCUUAGAAGCACAUAUCAACCAAGGAAGAAACUUCCUGGAUACCUAUUGCCCACUUGCCCAGGUACAAUAAACACUAAAAGGGGGAAAAUUGAACAGAGCUGCCAACUGGUCAACUUCGAAAGGUAGCUCCACCCUACGAUGGUGUCUUUCUUUUUUCUUCCUUUUUUUUUUAAAAAAAUCUAUUUCUUAAAUAAUAAUAAAUGCACAUGAUGUGUUAAAUAUGUACAUAUAUAUUUCAAAAGAAAAAAUGGGGCACAAGAUUGUCUUACAAGUCGUGCUGGCUAAUUUUUAGUUUGUAUUCAUAAGUGGUUUUUAAAAGCCUUUUUUAAAGUGUAAUUUGCAUGUUCUACUUUGAUUGUAUGUAAACAUAUUUUAGAACAAAAAUGUAUUUGUAUUUUAUUGAAUAUAGAGGCAAGAAAAAUUGUACAUUGUUUGAAAUGUUCUUUUGUAACAGUUUUUAUUCAUAAAGCAUUUUUGUACAUUUAAAAUGAACAUGGACUUGCUGUUAUUUGAGGCGUAGAUACAUCUGGCAUGCUUUACUGUCAUGCUCCUCCAUGGUCUUAGAUGUUGGGUUUUAAACAUUUUUUUCUAAAAGAAAGCUCAGUCUUUUUCGCUACCAGAUCAGGUUAGCACAGUAUAGAGCACUUAACUAUUAAAAAAAAAGUUAAUCCUAUUCAUAUGUUAUUCAUUGUGUGAAAUUAAAGACAUUCAAUU